AUGGGCAGAGAAGUGAUGCCGGACGAUUUGGGGCGCGUGGACGGGGGGGACGGCAUCGACCCCCCCACCUACCGCUCCCUCACGCAGUCGAUAGCCGCGCAGCUGAAGGAGAAGUCCCGCUCGCAGCUGUACCCCGAGACGGGCGUGUCGCAGCCGGACGUGGACGGCCGACGGCUGCGGUUCACGCGGCUGAUCGGCGGCGGCGCGUUCUCGGACGUGUUCGAGGUGGACCACGUGCCCGGGCCGGGAUUCGACCCGGAGAGGAAGCGGCGGGUGGCGGUCAAGGUGCUCAAGCUGGAGGAGCGCGACCAGGAGCGGGAGGUGGUGGACUUCCUGAGGGAGAUACAGAUCAUGCGGGAGCUGCCGGAGAGGAACUACUUCGUUAAGUACCUGGGAGCUGGCAGCCUGGACAAGUGGAAUCCUGAUAUGAAGAACAAGUCACUGUUCAUAAUGAUGGAGUUCAUGAACCAGGGCACACUGGGAGACCUUUUGGUGCGGCAAAUGUCUCGCCCAAGGAAGCCCUUAUACACCAAGGAACAGGCCGUGCAAUGGCUUCUGCAGGUAGCCCGUGCUCUCCAUGCCCUCCACAGCGCAACCCCAAAGAUCUUGCACCGGGACGUGAAGGCUGAGAACAUUCUGUUGACAGAAGAAGGGCAGGGGGACGUCAUUGCCAAGCUCGGGGACUUUGGGUUGCACACAUGCGUGGCAAAAAUUCCAGGCCACAGCAGGGGCGUCCCUGUGGUUCCCAACCAGAUCAUUUGGGCCAAGGAUGAUGGGACCAUGUCACCAAAGUGCCAAAUCCUUCUACCCAAGAAUGUGCCAGCCCCUGAAGAGACCAUGUCGCGGAUGUCAGAUGACUCCACACGGGGGCUCACGGCUGAAGAGGUCAAGUACAGGCUGACCACAAGGGUUGGCAGUUAUAUGUACAUGGCGCCUGAAGUAUACUUGGAGGAAAUGUACUCUGAGAAGGCCGACGUCUUCUCCUUCGGCAUGAUCAUGUACGAGCUCCUAAGCGCGCGCCUCAUGCUGGUCGCCUACUCCAAGCUCAUCGAGGAGCGCGGCGACAGGCUAGGCGUGCGCGAGUACGCGCGCCGCGUGGCGCGAGGCUGGCGCCCCUCCUUCCGCGUGCGCCUCCCGGAGCCCCUCAAGCAGCUGAUCAGCGAAUGCUGGUCCGCGGAUGCCGCCCUCCGGCCGUGCAUGGCGGACGUCAUCACGCGCCUGAAGGGCGUCCUUGCCAGCGGGUGCCUGGAGGAGUGCGGGGGGGCAGAGGGGGGGCCGCUGGGCGGCCUGGUGCGGCGCGUGGCGGGGUGGAUGGGGGGCGUGUGCGCGGGGUCUGGACCGCCGUGCCCAUGCGCCAGGAAAGGCGCCCAUGACGCCAGCCCCACAAGGCAGGGCCUGAAAAGGCCCGAGCUGCAAGUGGUGUCGUCGUAG